CCGUAAUCUAUGUGGCUUUUUCAGCAGAGUAGCCACUCCCACCCUCAUGGCCUUGGUUACAAGAAAAAAGCAAGAGACCAAGAGACACGAGACACUAUCUGGUUGCUUGGAGGUGGAGCAGCGCUAGGCGUAGAGUAUGGAGGUCAGGGAUGGUGUCAAGAGACUGCUGGCAAGGAAAGGUGGUAUUUCAGUUCAAAACGAGUGGCUGGAUGCUUGUAUAUCGUGGAUAGUUGAGGAGGAAGGUUCUAGUGUGUCAGAGCAGAGGCUGUACCAGGUGGUGUACGAGCAAUGGCUACAUGCGGACCUUACGGAGGUGACCUCUGGACCCUCCCUGCCCACCCUCAAUGGGGAUAAGGGGGUCGUCUCUGGAAGCUUUAUCGCUCAGAUCACUUCAAUAGUGAAUGUUGGCUGUGCAGCUUAUGGUCAGCUUCUAAAAGCAAAGAAUCGGUCAGACGAGAGUACAGAGGAGACUGACAAGAAGACCUUUGAGCCGAUCAGACCCACUCGCCUCCUUUUGCUAGCUUUGAGUGAUGGACUGACUGACACACAGGCAAUGGAAUAUGAACAUCUGCAGCAGCUCAGAGUGGACACACCUCCAGGAACAAAGGUGCUGUUACAAGGGGAGAUCCCCUACCGACUGGGCAUGCUCCUACUGAGCAGUGACAAUGUGCAGGUGUUGGGAGGGCAUGUGGAGCACCUGGCCAGUCGCAACGACACUAUCAGUGUACUCAGCAGAAUAUUGAAUGUUGAAGAGCCUGUCAAUAACACACCACCACCCUCUGAAACCACACCCCCUCACCAGCAGAUCGAACAGCAACAACCACCAGAGUCUGCUCAAAGCAUUGCAUAUGAUUUUCAAGACGAGAUGGAUGAUUUUGAUGAUUUUUCGGAAGCUGAGGUAAAGGAGAGUGGAAUAACAGCAGGGCAACCCACAGUGGACUAUGGUGUAGUAAACGAUGAGCCUGGACACGAUGACUGGUCCGAUGACCUUGAUGAUGAUAUAUUCACCGCCACAAUCGAUUACAAUGACGGACAACCGCCACGCUCUGUUAAAACUAAACCUUUCGUAGCUUUCAGUAACCGAGAGCAAUACUCUAACCAGAUACAGACUGACUCAAAGCCACCCUCUGGAGCACACAUUAGCAACCAACCAUCUUCUGUGGUGCCUCGUCAAACGACUGUUCAAGCAAACAAAUCUGAGCCAAGACGAACAGUCUUUGUCCCCAAGCUGAACCUCAAGCAGCAGAGUGUUAGCAGAGUGCCCCCCACCACUAAAGGACCUCCCCCUGUGUCCCCCUCCACCAGAGGACCUACCCCCGUGCCACCCACCACUAAAGGACCUUCCCCUGUGCCCCCCACCUCCACCAGAGGACCUCCCCCUGUGUCCCCUACCUCCACUAGAGGACCUCCCCCUAUGCCCCCCACCUCCACCAGAGGACCUCACCCUGUGUCCCCCUCCACCAGAGGACCUACACCUGUGCCACCCACCACUAAAGGACCUCCCCCAGUUGCCUCGGUACGACCCAUGCAGAGAGGGACAACUGUUGGAGGGGAACCAAUUAAGAUCAACUCACUUGCAGAGCUGUCAGAUUCUUUCUGGAUGGUCCAUACCGCAGUUAAAGUGCAUGCUCGCUUUGUGAGAGUGUGUGAGCGUAUCGAUGCUACUGGAGGAGAGUGGGUGGCUAAAGUGAUAGUGCUGGACAGGCUCGGGAGCGGACUCAUUGUACACCUCAGCAACAAGCUUCUUGAAAACAUGAUUGGAUUUUCAGCUGUUGAGUUCACAGAUCAUAUCAGUCUGCAAAGGAACAACCCAGCUGUCAGGGCCAGAGCUAGCAAGGGAUUUGCCCAGUGCCAGUCUGCUAUAUCUCAACUGAACGGCUUCAUGAUCAUUACUCAGCCUAGUACAACUGAGUACCCUACCCUCACCAACAUAUUAGAUAAUUAAUCUCAAACCCUCAUUACUUCUAUAUUGAUCUGUGUGUUAUAAUUAUAUAUCUGUCAUAAUUUAUUGCUGCAACA